GCUGCAGCUGGACGACUGGAGUCUUGCUAAUAGCCGCGUCUCACGGGAGAGCGCUCCCUGCUCCCGAAGCCGCACACAACAUGAGCCACGGGAAAAGAACCGACAUGCUCCCGGAGAUCGCUGCCGCCGUGGGCUUCCUCUCUAGCCUUCUGCGAACCCGGGGUUGCGUGAGCGAGCAGAGACUUAAGGUGUUCAGCGGGGCGCUCCAGGAGGCGCUAACAGAGCACUACAAACACCACUGGUUUCCUGAAAAGCCGUCCAAGGGCUCUGGCUACCGCUGUAUCCGAAUCAACCACAAGAUGGACCCCAUCAUCAGCAAGGUGGCCAGCCAGAUCGGACUCAGCCAGCCCCAGCUACACCAGCUGCUGCCUAGCGAGCUGACCCUGUGGGUGGACCCCUAUGAAGUGUCCUACCGCAUAGGGGAGGACGGCUCCAUCUGUGUUCUGUACGAGGAGGCCCCCGUGGCCCCUUCCUACGGGCUCCUUACCUGCAAGAAUCAGAUGAUGUUAGGCAGGAGAAGUCCCUCAAAAAACUACGUGAUGGCAGUGUCCAGCUAGAUCACUGCCACCCCCACCCUGGCACUCUACUGUACUCAUGCUGCCGUGACAACAGGCCACCGCAUACCUCAACCUGGGGAACUGUAUUUUUAAAUGAAGAGCUAUUUAUAUAUAUAUAUAUAUAUAUAUUAUUUUUUUUUAAGAAAAGAGGAGAAAAAAAAAAACCAAAAGAUUUUUUUAAACUAAAAAAUCCUUCAAGGGAGCUGCUUGGAAGUGGCCUCCCCAGGUGCCUUUGGAGAGAACUGUUAAGUGCUUGAGUCUGUGAGCCAGUGUCUGCCUAGGGGAGUGGGUGGGGGUGAGGGGUCAGCCUAGCCUAGGUGAAGUGGGGAAAGCUUGGCUGGCACCCCAGGAGAUUGUGAGAGGGAGUAAGCAAGAUUAGCAACUGUGAAUGAGAGGUGUCAGGAUCUGCCCUGGAUGUAGGGGAGAGAAAGAGAGGCGAGGUCACUCUCUCCCAGCCAGGACACCUGCUUGACGUGACUGGCUCCUCCCUUACUCUGGGGCAUUCAAGCCUGGACUUGAUUUAAUGCUAUAUGGCCUGGACUUGAUUUAAUGCUAUAUGGCCUAAUCUUUUUUAUUUUUCUGAUGAGCUCCUGGACUGAGUGAAAGGCCUCUCCUAUUCCUUCUGAUCUAAGCAGCUUUUUUUGAAAUCAUAUCUUAUUUCUAAUUCUACCCUCAGGGGCCUGUAGAAGUUGCUUCCUAGCCAGGAAUCUAAAGCUUUUGGGGGAUGGGUUGGAGGUCUUUGGGGCUAGGUCAGAGGGGGAACUCUGUACAAAACCUUUGCUUUGCUAUAUGCUGCUUUGUGUGUAUGUGUGGCAAGUAAUUUGGGGGUGAUUUGCAAUGGAAUUUUGGGACCCAAAGAGUAUCCCCUGGGGUUGUUUUUUGGCCUAAAACCCUUCUUUUGGGAACCACAUGAAAGUCCUGAUGCUGCUACCAUUAUUCCUUUGAGAGGUGGCUCAAAAGCUAUAGGGAACUCCAGGUUCUUUUACUGCCUUCUUUUCAAAAGCACAACACUCCUAGCCCUCCCCUGGCUUCUCCCCUUUGAUUGGGUCAAGGAGCUACCUGUCUUCUAAGACAAGAUUUCUCAAUCACUGUGCAAUAUGUCCCCUGGGGUCCCAGAAGGCUCUGGAGGACUAGCUCCCAGGAUUUCCUACUGCCCUAGUGGGUUUUGGGAACCAUCUCCCUCAUAUCCUGGGGUUUCUGGCUGAUUGGUCAGCCUUAUGGGUCUUCCUGGGUUGCAGGGGAAGGUGCCUACCCCAUGCUCUGCAGACUACUUGGUAUUCUUGUAGGGCUAACACUAAGCCAAACCUUGGGCACUGUUUUUUUUUUUUUCUCCCUGGUGCUCAGAGCACCUGUGGGAGAGGUUGCUGUCUCUCUCAGUAAAAUCCAAAUUUGUCUAUAGACUUGUGCAAUAUUUACUAUUCUGGGUUAGAGAAAAAUGCAAAAGAACACGGAGAAGUCCCUUUUCCUUCAGUUUCUCAGUGACACUGGUGAGAGUCUUCAGAAGGCCUAGAGUUCCCCGAACCGAAUCACCUUAAAAAGGACAGAGCUAGAGCAUCUGGUCACCUGGUUUCCCUCCUGCUGCUGCCCCUCAAUGAGGACCCCCACCCCAUUCCUCUACCCCAUUCAUGUUCCUCCCCCGUUGCCCCUUUCCUCACUUUCUUAACUACUCAGUUUUGUCUCAAAGGUGCUAUUUACCAAACGCUCUCCCUACCCAUUUCUGCUCUUCACUCUGGUUUCCUGCUGCCUUCCCAGACCCUGCUUGGUCUUUUAUUGCUUUAAAGUUAACUCUGGGCCCACAGAUCCAGCAGCUGUUUUCUGGCCUGUGGGUGGAAACAAAGCUGUGAAUCAAUGCAGAUUGUGUUCUUGCAUCAUGUCUGCAAACAGGUCCCUGCCCUCCUAGAAGCAGCCUCCUGGUCUCACACUUAAUCUGUCCUCUUCUCUUCUUGUUGAUGUUCACUUUAAAAAACAAAACAAAACAAAAACUACAACAAAACCCCCAGAGCUGGACUGUUGAGCAGGACUGUCUCCUAUUGCGUAAAAAUAAAUAAUAGUAGUACGUUUGUAAGCUAUUCUGACAGCAAAGACAAAGGUUACUAAUUGUAUAAUAGUGUUUUUAUAUGGAAGAAUGUACAGCUUUACGGACAAAUGUACUUUUGUUACUUUAAUAAAAAUGUAGCAGAUGAAGUCUUUUGGUGUAGGGAAGGUAAACUUCCAUACUACUCAUUUGCAUUUUCCUUUCAGAUACAGUCCUUUCUUUGCGUUUUGUACUAUUUCUCUUGCACUCAGACAAUCUGUAGCAUGUAGAUAUCAAAGAAAACCUAGGUGAGCGGAGCCAUUUGGAAGCUUCCCCUCUGGAAGUAGCUCUUUACUUCCCUCCUUUCAUGCAUAUUGUAAGAGUUCCUUUAAAAAAAAAAAAAGUAGCUAGGUU